GUGUGUGUGUGUGUUGGUGUGUUGAAGUGUUGUGACACAAUUUCCCAUUCUUCCCUGCCCACAAGUGCGCGGGUUGGGUUUGUUGUGGUCAGUGUUUGUACAACGGUGGUACUUAUACACACGGUGGCCUGCCAAUGGAGACGACCGCUCGCGUUCAUCAGACCAAGGCGAGCUCGAGGCACCGGAGCUCUCGAGCACGCCGCAGCGCAACACCUCAGCGGCACGAGCAGACGGAAGCGCGCGGCCUCGAGGAUGGGCCCACGCAAUCCGCCGCAGAUCAGGAGCUAGCGGAGGCGAGUGGUACUAAAAAUAGAUCCUCCACCGCUAUUCGCACCGUGCGCCGUCCGGACACACCGGAGCACAGUGGUGGCAGCACCACGACCAAUGCGAGCAGCAGCGCCACGGGCACAUCGGUACCGACGCAGCACUAUCACUACAGUGCCAGCGGGGACAGUGGUCCGGCCCGGAUCGCCCAAACGCCGCGCAGCGCCUCGCCCACCAUGGCGACAACCGAGCUGGACGCACCCGUCAGCACGGAGGGCGACGUGGUGGAGGUGGUGGCCGUGGAUCUGGCCAGCGGUUUGGCCGUCCUCGGCACGGUACCGGGCCCAACGGAUGACAAGCUGCAGAAGGGCAUCCUCGGCUACAUGGACCGCCAGCUGAAGGUGCAAUCGCUGUCCGAUCCGCAGAAGAGUCCCGCCCAGCGGAGCACCCGCAGCCGGAGCAGUCUGGAGAAGAGCCCACGGCGAAAGCGCAGCAAAUCGGAGUCGCGAAGGCGUCGGGAGCGGAAAAUUCUGGCCGCCGGCGAGAUGGAGGUCCGGCAGGCGAACGAAACGUUGAUGCGAUACCUGAAACAGUGCUCGGACUUUAACGAUGCGUCGCUGUCGGGCGAUUUGGAGAUACCGGAGCAUCUGGAGGAUCGGCGGGUGCACCGGAAAACGAAAUCCCAGCGGGAGCGCAAACUUCACCAGCUCCAACCGGAUCGGGCGGGUGGCAGGACCAACGCCGACGAUCUCAUGAGCUAUCACGGGGAGAUCUACAAUCCCUUCACACCGGUCGUGUCGCCAACGACCGAAGCGGCGGCUACGCGUAUUGAUAAGAUGUACAUACAGACUGCUAGCGGUUAUCGACCAGUUGACAAUACCUACUCGUAUCAUAAGUCUAGGGUACUAAUCGGUGGAGAUCCAGAAAGCAAUAGCCAUACAAUAAACACCUCGGUACAUCUGUCCUGUGCGGUGCAGCGCGUCUGGCAUCUGCUAUCGACCGUCUGCCAUGGUUUGCUCGGUGGCCUGGCCUUCGCCCAUCUGCUGUUGAUCUGUACGACCAAACCGUACGAUUGGGUCGAUGCCUCGAUACGCCAUUACUCAGCCUUCGCCGAGUUGUACGCCAACACGUUCUACUGCUUGGCCAUCGUUUGUAUGGUUUCAAUAUUCGAUCGGAUGGACAUUGCGUACGGUGGUGAUACGAAUAUUUCAUUCCGCUCCAUCUUCAUCAUCAUGAUCUACGUGAUGACGAUCAUACUGAGUCUGUCGGCUGGCACGAUGGACGAACGGCUCUAUGUUACUUCCACGCUAAACGUCACCGUCUGGGAAGAGGAGUUGGAAACGAACAAGGUGCUUAGCAUCUGGAAUGCGCUAUCCAUUGCACGAAGUGUUGGUGCCAUCUUUGGCUGGUUAAUCGUUGGCUUCCUACCGAACCAGGACAAUUUGUACGAUCAGCUGCUCGAGAUGGAAAAGUAUCAACUGCAGUAGGCGGCUUUUUAAUCAAUAACCACGGCGAGCCGGUCACCUUCGCAAACCAAAACACCUAUCGUAAUCCGUUUUGUACAUAGAACCGCACCUAUAUUGCGUUAUACGGCUAUAGUGGACACACAAAGUACUAGCAUAGAGUUACAGAACAAUAAUCACGCUUACUGUCACUGUCGUGUAGAGGCCCACUUUCAUUCGUUCGUGACGUUGGGGCGGGGACACUAGGCUAUCAGGCAAUUAACCGUAUCGGUGGUGCGUUGAACGGUUCAGCAUCAGCUGAAUGUAUUGCAAAUCAGGAAUCAGAAAGCAUGAAGCGGUUGUGGUAACAUUACGGGCAUACGCACGGAUGUACGGGCAGGGAAAGAUGCUGUUGCAUUUCCUAUCCAAUAGUGAAAACUGGCAAGGACUGAUAAUCAUUGUGCUGUAAUCUAUACGAUAGCAAUCGCAAGAGGCACACGUGUACAUUUACAUACCACUAGCAGGCAUGGUAAUGGUCGGAACGGCAUGAUAUUAGGAUAUUGAGACAAUUAAUUAAUCUGUAAGCGUAUUGUUAUCAUAAAACCAUGCAUCCACGCUAAGGCGAAUGUGCUGAUUUCCAUACACCAUAAACCAGAAACAUAAA